UAAACUUUUGAACCGAGUGAUAGUGACUGAGUCUCUAGGAAUUCAUAUUGACCAAUUUCUCUCUUGGGAUUUUUAUAUUGAGAAAUUGACAAAGAAAAUUUCUAGUGGCAUUGGAGCGAUUUCUAGGUUAAAACCGUUUGUAUGCAGAAAUACUCUUAUUUCUGUCUACAACGCUUUAGUUCAAACAUAUUUUGAUUAUUGUUGUGAGGUGUGGGAUCCGAUUGGCAGUGUUUUAUCUGAUAAAUUGCAGACUCUUCAAAAUCGGGCAGCAAGAAUAAUUAUGGGUUACCCAAAUGAGCACGAAUGCUCAGAAGCUGCUUUGACUGCGCUUGGGUGGAAAACACUUAAGGAACGUCGAUUUGAAUCUAAAGCCAGACUCAUGUAUAUUGUAUAA